AUGCUGGGCAGCAGCGUCAAGAGCGUGCAGCCCGAGGUGGAGCUGAGCGGCGGCAGCGGCAGCGGCGGCGACGAGGGCACGGACGAGCCUCGGGGAGCCAGCAGAAAGGCAGCCGCGGCGGACGGCAGAGGCAUGCUGCCCAAGCGCGCCAAGGCGGCAGGCGGCAGCGGCAGUAUGGCCAAGGCCAGUGCAGCGGAGCUGAAGGUCUUCAAGUCCGGCAGUGUGGACAGUCGUGUUCCCGGCGGGCUGCCUGCCUCCAACCUACGCAAACAGAAGUCGCUCACCAACCUCUCGUUUCUCACGGACUCCGAGAAAAAGCUGCAGCUGUAUGAACCUGAGUGGAGCGAUGAUAUGGCCAAGGCGCCCAAGGGUUUGGGCAAACUGGGGCCCAAGGGCCGCGAGACUCCUCUGAUGUCCAAGACGCUGUCCAAGUCUGAGCAUUCGCUCUUCCAGCCCAAAGGUGGCCCUACGGGCGGCGCCAAGACCCCACUGGCUCCGCUAGCGCCCAGCCUAGGCAAACCUAGCCGGAUUCCUCGGGGACCCUAUGCGGAGGUCAAGCCUCUCAGCAAGGCGCCUGAGGCAGCAGUAAGCGAUGAUGGCAAAUCGGAUGACGAGCUGCUUUCCAGCAAGGCUAAGGCGCAAAAGGGCUCAGGGACUGUGCCCUCUGCCAAGGGCCAGGAGGAGCGGGCCUUCCUCAAGGUGGACCCCGAGCUUGUGGUUACCGUGCUGGGCGACCUGGAGCAGCUACUCUUCAGCCAGAUGCUAGAUCCAGAGUCACAGAGAAAGAGGACAGUACAGAAUGUUCUGGAUCUUCGACAGAACCUGGAAGAAACCAUGUCCAGCCUGCGAGGCUCCCAGGUGGCUCACAGCUCCCUGGAGAUGUCUUGUUACGACAGUGAUGAUGCCAACCCUCGAAGCGUGUCCAGCCUCUCCAACCGCUCCUCUCCUCUCUCUUGGCGCUACGGCCAGUCCAGCCCCCGGCUGCAGGCUGGCGACGCGCCCUCUGUUGGGGGGAGCUGCCGUUCCGAGGGGCCACCAGCCUGGUACAUGCAUGGGGAACGGGCACACUACUCCCACACGAUGCCCAUGCGGAGCCCCAGCAAACUCAGCCACAUCUCUCGCCUGGAGCUGGUGGAGUCCCUGGACUCUGACGAGGUGGACCUCAAGUCCGGCUACAUGAGUGACAGUGACCUCAUGGGCAAGACCAUGACAGAGGAUGAUGACAUCACAACGGGCUGGGAUGAAAGCAGCUCCAUCAGCAGUGGGCUCAGUGAUGCCUCCGACAACCUCAGCUCAGAAGAGUUCAAUGCCAGCUCUUCACUCAACUCCCUCCCAACCACUCCCACUGCCUCCCGCAGGAGCUCCACAAUAGUGCUACGUACAGACUCAGAGAAGCGCUCACUGGCAGAGAGUGGGCUCAACUGGUUCAGUGAGUCAGAGGAGAAGACCCCUAAGAAACUGGAGUACGACAGUGGCAGCCUGAAGAUGGAGCCUGGGACUUCAAAGUGGCGGAGAGAGCGGCCAGAGAGCUGUGAUGACUCGUCUAAGGGCGGAGAACUGAAAAAGCCCAUCAGCCUGGGACACCCAGGCUCCUUGAAAAAGGGCAAGACCCCACCGGUGGCUGUCACCUCUCCCAUCACUCACACUGCCCAGAGUGCCCUCAAAGUUGCAGGCAAGCCUGAAGGCAAAGCUACAGACAAGGGUAAGCUCGCAGUGAAGAACACUGGGUUACAGCGCUCCUCUUCCGAUGCUGGCCGGGACCGUCUGAGUGAUGCUAAGAAGCCCCCCUCUGGCAUUGCUCGCCCCUCUACUUCAGGAUCCUUUGGUUAUAAGAAGCCUCCCCCUGCUACCGGUACAGCCACUGUCAUGCAGACCGGUGGCUCAGCCACUCUCAGCAAGAUCCAGAAGUCCUCAGGGAUCCCUGUCAAGCCAGUGAAUGGGCGCAAGACGAGUUUAGAUGUGUCCAACAGUGUAGAACCCGGAUUUCUCGCUCCUGGAGCACGGUCCAACAUUCAGUAUCGCAGCCUGCCAAGGCCAGCCAAGUCCAGUUCUAUGAGUGUGACUGGGCGGGGUGGACCUCGGCCUGUUAGCAGCAGCAUCGAUCCCAGCCUCCUCAGCACCAAGCAGGGUGGCCUUACACCCUCCAGACUGAAGGAACCUUCCAAGGUCGCCAGUGGUCGGACCACUCCAGCCCCGGUCAAUCAGACCGAUCGGGAAAAGGAGAAGGCCAAAGCCAAGGCUGUGGCCUUGGACUCAGACAACAUCUCCUUGAAGAGCAUAGGCUCCCCAGAAAGCACUCCCAAAAACCAAGCAAGCCACCCUCCAGCCACCAAGUUAACAGAGCUGCCACCAACUCCUCUCAGGGCCACAGCCAAAAGCUUUGUCAAGCCACCCUCGAUAGCCAAUCUAGACAAGGUCAACUCCAACAGUUUGGAUCUACCAUCUUCCAGCGAUACCCAUGCCUCAAAGGUCCCAGAUCUGCAUGCUUCGAGCUCAUCAACUGGGGGCCCUCUCCCGUCUUGCUUCACCCCCAGCCCAGCGCCUAUCCUCAAUAUUAACUCAGCCAGCUUCUCCCAGGGCCUGGAGCUCAUGAGUGGUUUCAGUGUCCCAAAGGAGACCCGCAUGUACCCCAAACUCUCAGGCCUGCACAGGAGCAUGGAGUCCCUCCAGAUGCCAAUGAGCCUGCCCAGUGCCUUCCCCAGCAGCACCCCCAUCCCCACCCCACCUACUGCCCCGUCAGAGGAAGACACAGAAGAGCUGCCCUGGAGUGGAAGCCCCAGGGCUGGACAAUUGGACAGCAACCAGCGGGAUCGGAAUACCCUCCCCAAGAAAGGGCUCAGGUACCAACUUCAGUCCCAGGAGGAGACCAAGGAGAGGCGGCACUCCCACACUGUCAGUGGACUUCCAGAAUCGGACGACCAGGCAGAACUGCCGUCCCCGCCUGCGCUCUCCAUGUCCUUGAGUGCAAAGGGCCAGCUUACCAACAUAGUGAGUCCCACUGCGGCCACCACGCCAAGAAUCACCCGCUCCAACAGCAUCCCCACCCACGAGGCGGCCUUCGAGCUGUACAGCGGCUCCCAAAUGGGGAGCACCCUGUCCCUGGCCGAGAGACCCAAGGGAAUGAUUCGGUCAGGAUCCUUCCGAGAUCCCACGGAUGAUGUUCAUGGCUCGGUGCUGUCUCUGGCCUCCAGUGCCUCUUCCACCUACUCCUCACAAAUUCGGAAGCUUCGUAGGGAACUGGAAUCAUCCCAGGAAAAAGUGGCCACCCUGACAUCUCAGCUGUCUGCCAAUGCUAACCUAGUGGCCGCUUUCGAGCAGAGCCUGGUGAAUAUGACAUCCCGCCUGCGACACCUGGCAGAGACGGCCGAGGAGAAGGACACCGAGCUGUUGGAUUUGCGAGAAACAAUAGACUUCUUGAAGAAAAAGAAUUCUGAGGCCCAGGCAGUCAUUCAGGGAGCACUGAAUGCCUCAGAAGCCACACCCAAAGAACUCCGCAUCAAGAGACAGAAUUCCUCAGAUAGCAUCUCCAGCCUCAACAGCAUCACCAGCCAUUCCAGCAUCGGCAGCAGCAAGGAUGCUGAUGCCAAGAAGAAGAAGAAAAAGAGUUGGCUUCGGAGUUCCUUCAACAAAGCCUUCAGUAUUAAAAAGGGUCCCAAGUCAGCCUCCUCCUACUCUGACAUUGAGGAGAUUGCCACACCCGACUCCUCAGCCCCAUCAUCCCCCAAACUCCAGCAUGGCUCCACAGAGACUGCUUCCCCUUCCAUCAAGUCCUCCAACUCGUCCUCUGUGGGCACCGAGGUCACCGAGACCCCUGCUCAUUCAGUCCCCCACACUAGACUGUUCCAAGCCAAUGAGGAGGAGGAGCCAGAGAAGAAAGAGGUAUCAGAACUGCGCUCUGAACUCUGGGAAAAAGAGAUGAAGCUUACGGAUAUCCGGUUGGAGGCCCUCAACUCUGCCCACCAGCUGGACCAGCUUCGGGAGACCAUGCACAAUAUGCAGCUGGAGGUGGACCUGCUGAAAGCAGAGAAUGACCGGCUGAAGGUUGCCCCCGGCCCCUCGUCAGGCUCCACUCCAGGGCAGGUCCCUGGGUCAUCUGCUCUGUCAUCCCCUCGCCGUUCCCUGGGCCUUGCACUCAGCCAUCCUUUCAGUCCCAGUCUCACAGACACAGACCUCUCACCCAUGGAUGGCAUCAGCACCUGUGGUCCAAAGGAAGAAGUGACCCUUCGGGUGGUGGUCCGGAUGCCGCCCCAGCACAUCAUCAAAGGGGACUUAAAGCAGCAGGAGUUCUUCCUGGGUUGCAGCAAGGUCAGUGGCAAAGUUGACUGGAAGAUGCUGGAUGAAGCCGUUUUCCAAGUGUUCAAGGAUUACAUCUCUAAAAUGGACCCAGCUUCCACCCUGGGACUAAGCACUGAGUCCAUACACGGCUACAGUCUGAGCCACGUGAAACGAGUGCUGGACGCUGAGCCCCCAGAGAUGCCUCCUUGCCGCCGAGGUGUCAAUAACAUAUCCGUCGCCCUCAAAGGUCUGAAGGAGAAGUGUGUGGACAGCCUGGUGUUCGAGACUCUCAUCCCCAAGCCCAUGAUGCAGCACUACAUAAGCCUCCUGCUCAAGCACAGGCGCCUGGUGCUCUCCGGCCCCAGUGGCACCGGCAAGACCUACUUGACCAAUCGGCUAGCCGAGUACCUAGUGGAGCGCUCAGGCCGCGAGGUCACGGAUGGCAUCGUCAGCACUUUCAACAUGCACCAGCAGUCUUGCAAGGAUCUGCAACUGUACCUCUCCAACCUAGCCAACCAGAUAGACCGGGAAACAGGAAUAGGGGAUGUGCCCUUGGUGAUCCUCCUGGAUGAUCUGAGUGAAGCAGGCUCCAUCAGUGAGCUGGUCAAUGGGGCCCUCACCUGCAAGUACCACAAAUGUCCUUAUAUUAUAGGUACCACCAACCAGCCUGUAAAAAUGACACCCAACCAUGGCUUACACUUGAGCUUCAGGAUGCUGACCUUCUCGAACAAUGUGGAGCCAGCCAAUGGCUUUCUGGUCCGUUACCUUCGGAGGAAGUUGGUAGAGUCAGACAGUGACGUCAAUGCUAACAAGGAAGAGCUGCUCCGGGUGCUAGACUGGGUGCCCAAGCUGUGGUAUCACCUCCACACCUUCCUUGAGAAGCACAGCACCUCGGACUUCCUCAUUGGCCCUUGCUUCUUUCUGUCCUGUCCCAUUGGCAUUGAGGACUUCCGGACCUGGUUCAUUGACCUAUGGAACAAUUCCAUCAUUCCCUAUCUCCAGGAAGGAGCCAAGGAUGGAAUCAAGGUUCAUGGACAGAAAGCUGCUUGGGAAGAUCCGGUGGAAUGGGUUCGGGACACACUUCCCUGGCCAUCGGCCCAACAAGACCAGUCAAAGCUAUACCACCUGCCCCCACCUUCUGUGGGCCCUCACAGCAUUGCCUCACCUCCAGAGGAUAGGACAGUCAAAGACAGCACCCCAAACUCCCUCGAUUCAGACCCCCUGAUGGCCAUGCUGCUGAAACUUCAAGAAGCUGCCAACUACAUUGAGUCACCAGAUCGAGAGACUAUCCUGGACCCCAACCUCCAGGCGACACUCUGAGGGCCCAGCAGUCACUGUCACCCUGGAUGGCAGAAGGCUGGCUUCAGCGUCACUAGCUCUCCUCUGCCCUCUUCUUUCAUAGCUCUGGCUCAGUAGCCUCGCCAAGAGAACAGGAGAGAAGAAGAGGGCAGGAGGAGGGACAGGUUCUCGGUGCUGAACCUUUGAGAACUUCCUAGUAGGAAUUGGAGGGGUGGAGUUUGGGAACUCGUACCCCUUAAAUACAGUUGCUGGCCUCCUCUUAUGACUUAGGAGAAAAGACGAUUCUGUGUCUUUUCUUCAAGUUUUGUUUCACCUACAAACUCCUGGGCUUUCUGGGGAGGGAUUCGGAAGACAUAAACAAACAAAAAAACCAACUACAUCAGUUCCAGGCUGGUUCUCGUGAACACCUCUGAGACAGUCACACGUGGGGAAAUCUAAGGGAGGAAGCUCUACAGACUUUCUUGCAAAACCUUCCCAAUUCUAUCAACACUGCCAACAACCUUCCCCCAGAGAUCUGGCCAGAGCCCAGAAAAAAAGAAGCAUGUGGUUUAACAAAAAACAAAACAAAACAAAAAAUAUAUGUGUAAAUCAACCUGUAGAAGGUAAAACGGCAAUGGAAAAGAUGAAGCUGGAAGGAGGGGACCCAGUUGCCAAGACGGAAAGAGCUGCCAGAUCUUGCCUUCUGGAUGACAAUGACAAUAGGGGACAUUGCAAGAUGGCUGCCAAUCUAAAAUGUCACCAAACCACAAGAGUAACAUCACAGCCUUCGGAGAAAGACCACGAGCUGUCUUUCUGCCCUCUAAUUGAACAUGCAUGAAAGUCAAUAAACCCUAUUUUUAAUUUUUAAUUUUUAAAUUUUAUUUCUAUUUUUUUUCUUCCAUUUACCUAUUUAUUUGCCCCCUCUCUCCAGUUUCCUCACGUCAAUGAGAUACUUGGGUUUCCUUCCAGGGGAUAGUUUUGCUUUCUAAGUGGGUUUUUUUUGGAGAAUUUAAUUCCAUACUAUUGGUACAAGUUAAGACACCUGCCAUGCCACUGUCUCUGGCAUCCUUGGGGCUUAUAUGGGACAAGAAACAUUGGCUCAUAAUAGUAAGAGAAAAAGAACUCAGUCUCUUUCAUUUCUUUUGAGAAAGCACAUGUUCUACCUGGAAGCUCGACUGCCGUCCUCCGGCAUGACAGACCUACCCGGAGCUUCAUCGUGGACUGGGAGGAAAACCAAAAUACUGGAAACACACGCCUGUCUUAUGCCUGUUAGGGCCCUCACUGCACUAUUUGGAUGGUAGCCACUUUGCCUGACUGAAUCAAGAUUCCCUAGCUAGCCCUUAUUAUUUGUUUUUGACAGGUGAACAGUCACAUAUAAGAGAUGGAGCAGCCAUGUGAGCUGCUUCAGAUCAGAAUAAAAAAGGCUCGAGGAGUUUGACUUGGUGGCCAAUAUUUGCCUUCCAAAGAGAUCUACAUCUUGCAGAAGUCACCCUCUUCCUAACCCACACUCCUUCAUUUGACAAGUACUUAGUAUUCAACCGAGUACCAGUCACUAUGGUUUUUUUUUUCUUUAAAAAAAAAAAAAAAAGACAAGACUUGGUCCUUAAAUUCAAGGUCUAGGAGGCAAUAUUAAUCUCCUUUAAAUAACCACCCCCUUAUUAUCUGGACCUUGAAAAUCAUCUGAGAAAUGCAGGUGAAGCCCAAGGAGUCAAUUAAAAGAAGCCUUUGAUUAGAUCUCCAGUAUGUUAUGGGCAGAAGAUUGGGGAUCAGUUUAAAUGAAGCCUGAAGAACUAUGGAGUCUUGCUUGUCUUGAGUGGGAAAACUACUUCUGUCACUUCUGGAAACCGGUGGAACCAGAUUCCAGGUUGAAAUGCCUCAUGGGCUAAUGUGUCAGCACUGCAGUUCAGAGAUACAUACAGUAAGCCUGGACCUAGGAGUAUGCUCUUCAGACUUCUGGUAUAGGUACCAGAAUCUAUACCAAGAUUCUGUAGGCAAACUAACCUGGGCCAUUGUUCCACCCAACCAAGGAGUUACAUACAUCUGACUCUUAACAGUCUCUUUUCAUUUAGAUUCUCAAGGAGGUCUAGCUUGUCCCUCUUGUGCCCUUCCACCCCCAGCAAAAGCUUCUAUAUUCACCUGGUAGGCCCAGGGAUGACAGGGUCCUCUAUUCUGGAGACUAUUAUUGCUACUGCUGCUAAUUCCAUGAGCUGUGAAGAUCCCCAACUCAGCUGCAAAAUAUGCAAUUCUGUGGUAGGAAGAAGAGGCUGGCUGUCCAAGGAUGGUGCUGAAAUCACUGCCUUAAGGUCUCUGCUGUGCAGAAUGAGAAGGCCCCAAGAGCUGGGUGUUCCAACUUAGAAAGAAGGGAAGACUGGAUAGGCCUACUUUGGACAUAGGUCUCUUCUGAACCCUAUCCAAAGCUCCAGUACCAUGGCAAGGCUCAGACUUUCACUAACAUCAUAAUGCUUGAGCCUUUCUCUCUCUUUUCUGGUGCUGCCCAGCCAGUGCCUUCUCACACGAUGUUACUGGCUACUUAAGAAGAAGGAAAGUAGGAAAUGCCUUCUUCCAUUCCAACUGCCUCAGACUACAGAGGGAUUGUCUCUGUGGUAACCAUGGAUACCAUCGAGAAUUUUAUUUGGGUCUGCAGCAAGUUGAUUCUGGAGGCCUCUCAUACUAUAACUUCAUUUCUAUUCCUGGGAUCCACCACCCUCUUCUCUCAGUUGACUGCUGCAUUUAGUUCAGGCCUCAAAUAGCUGUCCUCCAGGAAGUGUUCCCAUCUAGUGAAGUGCUCUUGACGCCUCCACUUUCCUUCUGGAGCCUGGGACCCUGUUUACAGUUGCACAUCUGGGCCCCUCACAGCAGGAUCAACCAUCUCAAAAAAGGGAUCAUGGUUCUCUGGCAACUGCAGAGGGUUGAGCCUCCUCCUGGUGCUAUAACCCCUCGGGAUGCUCAUCCAGACUUCUAAGAAGCAAAAAGCCUGAGCUCCCCCUCACUGCCUAAGAAUUCAUGGCAAAGAGCAAAUCCGCAGCAUUCCUCCCAACCUACAUGCUUCUUGGUUGAGACUUCUAGGACUCCUCAGAAAGGAAAAACUGGGUCCCACCGCCAAAUUCUCAAUCUCCAGGCACCUUCAGAAGAAUCCAACCUAUCUAAUUCAACUUUUGCUAUUCCCUUUCUUUCCAACUCCUGAUUCCAUCCCUUACCAAAGUUGGCUGGUGAAGAACAUCAACCUUUGGAAGGCCUCAGCUCCAGGAGAGGCUCACCAGAGCCCCUUGCACUUGGGGAUGAAGACCAAUAAGUUGUGUUCAAUGUGUUUGUUUCUCAGUCCCUGCCUAAGCACUAAAAUAAAAUACUAGGUAUUGGAGGCUGCUAUGGGACCUGAUGUCUGUGCAUCUUUCUGUCUCUGUCCUUCUCUCUCGAACACAGGAGCAGUUUGUUGUUAUCUUCUGGGGCUUUGUGGAACAUUAUUAUUUUUGAUACCUGCUUUCUGGUAACUCGUUGGUGCUUAUUUCUGUCUCUGUAAAUCCUUAUUCCAGUGUC